GACUCCAGCUGAUGGAGCGGGUAUCCCCAACAGUCGACAUCGGUCCGCACUCUGGGUAACAACUCUGUCGCAAACCAAAAUCCAAUGGAGUGACACUUAUUGCACGAAACGUGUGUGUCGUGUUGUUGUUGUUAGGACAAUGGCCGGUGCUGAUCAGCGGCAGGCGGAGGCUUCUUCUUCCGGCGGCCGCUUUUACUGCCUCCUCCCACUACUGUUGGGCUGUUUGGUUUUUUUGAAUUCAUUAGGCGGGGAUUUCGUGCACGACGAUUUGAGUGCCGUCAGGUACAACGAAGAUGUCACGGCCGGCAGCGAUGCUGACGGAAGAAGUAAAAGCGGAAGCAUUUGGUCCAACGAUUUCUGGGGUACGGCCCUCUCCGAUGUCAAAAGCCACAAAUCCUACAGGCCUCUCACCGUCCUCUCGUUCAGGUGGAAUUACUUGGUCGGCGGGUUCAAUCCUGUCGGGUAUCACCUCGUUAACGUCGCACUCCACGGCGCCGUUGUAAUUAUCUUCGCCCAGAUUUGCCGGGAUCGACUCAAAAGUAGUCUGAGAACUAGUUUGAUCAGCGCCAGUCUCUUCGCCAUCCAUUCCAUCCACACCGAAGCCGUAGCGGGAAUCGUUGGCCGGGCUGAUAUCCUGGCCACUCUCUUUUUCCUCCUCUCCUUCUCUUCCUAUCACAGAUUGAUGGAGGAAAGCGAGGAGCGUGUCGGACGGCAAUGCUUUCGCUGGGCGUCGAGCGUCGUUCUAGCCUGGGCAUCGUUGACGGCCAAAGAGCACGGCAUCGCCACUCUACCCGUCGCCGUUCUUUUUGACGUCACCAGCACUUUUCACGUCAAGCAUAUUAGAUUGGCGGAUAAACGAGUUCACCGUGUCGGAGAUUUGUCGCCUUCGGCAUCGCCCAAGAAAGUCAACCAAUUUCACCGAAUCGUCGGCACGAGCCUGGCGGUCGUUUCGAUGACUCUCUGGAGACUUUUGAUAUUGAACGGACAACUACCCACAUUUUCUGACCAGGAUAAUCCGCUGGCUCUUUCUCAUCAUCUUUUAACAAGGGUCUUAAGUCUUCUCUAUCUGCCGGCUGUCAAUAUGGGACUACUCUUGGCUCCCGUCAGUCUCAGCUACGACUGGCAGACGGGCUCCAUUCCGGCCAUCGUGACAUGGACCGAUGGGCGCAAUGCCGUUUCAUUUUUAUUUUACGUCUCACUCGCCGCAAUCGCAAUUGUCGGAUUCAUCCGGACCAACAAAAUCGUCAUUUGGAGCGUGUUGGUGAUGAUUAUUCCCAUGGUGCCGUGCUCCAAUCUCUUUUACGCCGUUGGAUUCGUCGUGGCAGAGCGACUGCUCUACAUGCCGAGUUUGGGGUUCUGUUUGCUGGUCGGUCACGGACUGGACAACUUGCUAAUCAUCUUGGCGACUGCUGGCGGAGACCAGCAGCAGCAGUCGGCCAAUAAUAAUCAAGGGACUGUACUGCUGCGGACGGGAUUCAAUCACAAGAUCAAACGAUCCAAAACAGAAGCCGGCGAAUGUUCCUGGCCGAAGCUAAUGAGGCGAUUGAUCCUCAUCUCGACUGUGGUCACGGCCACUUCGUUACUAACCAAAACACUUGUCCGCAAUGAGGAAUGGAGUUCCAGGAAGACACUUUUCUCGUCGGGAUUACGGACGAUGCCAAACAAUGCCAAAAUUCACUACAACUACGCCAAUCUCCAAAGAGAUAUGGGAGACUGGGACCAGGCCGUCUACCACUACCGUCAAGCCCUCCAGUUAUGGCCGAGCUAUUCGAGCGCUCACAACAACUUGGGCACGCUGCUACUGGGUCGGUCGGCCGGUCCGGCAGUUGAGGCGGAACGUAAUCGCCUGGUCGAUGAAGCGGAGAGACACUUCCGUCAAGCGCUGGCCGUCCAUUUCAAACACGUUCACGCCAGAUACAAUUUGGCCGUCAUCAGCAUCUGCCAUCGACACGAUUUGGAUCAAGCCGUGUCGCUGUUGAUCGACUGCCUGGCACUCGAUCCUCAACAUAAACCGGCCAAGAAACUACUGAACUUUUUAACGGUCGGUCGUUAUCGAUCACCUCCCAUUCACGACAAUCAAAACAGCCAAGGCCGUCAAAUGAACGAGACCGUGGAAGAAGGGCGUGGCGGUGAUUUGCGUCAGAAGAAUCCCAUCACUAUGGACGAUCUUCUCCUGAUUCUCCUGGAGAACUAAAAAAAACGACGUUUCACAUCUACCUUUUUCCUGUUGUGUGUUUUCUUUUGUAAAAUAAAAUAAUAAAAUAAAAAAAAAAAGAAUCGCCGAGAGAAUAAAUCGAUAGA